AUGGUCCAUACACGAGGUGGCACUCGUUCACGCAUUAGUGCACGCACCCGCGGUGGUGUUCGCACACGCGGUGGCGUAAGCACAUGCGGUGGCACUGCAGGUGUGGCGCUAGAUGUGGACGCGGCACUUGUUACGGGUAUAGCAUAUGGUGUGAGCACAAUGCGAGGCGGACCAGCGGUACGAGGCGGGCGCGCAAGCGCCCUUGUUACUGGAGUUGGAAGGGGCAUGUCAAGACCUUCCCUCUCAGAACCAUAA